AUGAGCGCGGAGCUGGACGGCGUGUCCGUGCACUCCUCCUCCUCCUCGUCGGGCUCGCUGGGCUCAGCGCCGGGGCCGGCUCCGCGGCCGCUCUCGGCGAACGUGCGGCGGCUGCACCAGGCGCUCACGGCGCUGCUGAGCGAGGCGGAGCGGGAGCGCUUCAUCCUCUGCCUCAACGCCUACCACGGCCGCCGCAACGUCUGCGACCUGGUGCGCUCCCUGCGCGCCCUGCUCGACGGGCCCCGCCGCCGGCAGCUGCUGCCGCUGCUGCGCCUCGUCCUGCCGCGCUCCGACCAGCUCCUCUUCGACCAGUACACGGCCGAGGGACCCUACCUGCCGCCGCCCGGCCGCCCCCCGCCGCCCCCCGCCCCGCCGCCGGUGGUSCCGGGCGAGCUGCGGCAGGUGACGCUGCGCCGGAGCAAAGCCCACGAGGGUCUGGGCUUCAGCAUCCGCGGCGGSGCCGAGCACGGCGUGGGCAUCUACGUGUCGCUGGUGGAACCGGGCUCCCUGGCCGAGCGGGAGGGGCUGCGCGUCGGCGAUCAGAUCCUGGGGGUCAACGGCAAGUCCCUGGACAGAGUGACCCACGCCGAGGCGGUCAAGGUGCUGAAGGGCUGCAAGAAGCUGAACCUGUCGGUGCACUCGGUGGGGCGCAUCCCRGGGGGAUAUGUCACCAACCACAUCUACACCUGGGUGGACCCGCAGGGCCGCAGYGUGUCCCCUCCCACGGGACUGCCCCACCACCAGAACAGCUCCCUGCGCAGGGACAGCGAGAAGAGGAGCCACCUGCAGCUCCUGCAGGAGGGCGAYGAGAAGAAGGUGAGCCCUGGGCUGGGGUCUCUUCCCGUGUAG